AUGCCAUUCAACUCCAAGUGCAUGUACCGAUGUGCUGACGGUUUUAAAAUCGAAGAAAUUGAAGGUCUUGAAUUCGAGAGAACUUUAGUGUGCCAGAGAAAUGGAUCAUGGAAUGCCGAUGUACCUAAAUGCACAGGUAAUUCUCUUGUGUUUUUGUUGUUUGUCUGUUUCUUUGCGAUAGCGAAGUUAUCGUGUUGAACCUCCACGUGCGACACCUGUUGUAAGCAACCGCCAUCAAUAGAGAGUUUAAAGCAUCACGUAUAUUUACGGCAAAACAGCAAACGUCAGAUUCAAGUUGAUAAUUUCUUAAAAUAGAAAAUUAACAGACAAAAACAGCUCAAAACAACUCUUAUGGAUAAAAAAUUGCGUGAAACUACUAAUUUAUGUGUUGAAAUAAUGAACAGUAAACGACAAGUAAAGGGGAAACUAAAGAAAUUCGCGUUUGCCGUUAGACAUAAUCGUGAUGCUUUACCUCUCUAAUAUACCACUCCCGAUCAAAAACAUCAAGAUUUUUCCAGUCGAAGCCUUUUGGUUGGAACCUCUCGUAAACUACCACCUCUCGUAGACGACCAUAACCGCUAUUUUGAAUAACAGUUUUACAUGUAUAAUUUAGCGUUGUUUUUGAGCUCUUGUGAACGACCACUUGACAUACAGUUUGAUCUCUAUGUACCUGCCUCCUCCUCAAGUGCUUCGUUUUUCGCAUGGUUUCGCAUAGAGGCGAGCGCGAAAAGCGUAUCUACUACGCUACUCCUCAAAGUAUAUGGAACUACACAUAUCGUAACUAAAUUGCAAGCCGUAACAUAGCAUUAUGUACCAUAUUUUUCAUUUUUAAAACUGAUUGCACCAAAUUAUUCGUUAUUCAAAUUCGAUAUUUUAAUUCUUUUACUUAGUAGCUAUUUCAAUCAGUUUUAGAAUCAUAUAAGUUAACGAGAAGAGCUCCUAAUAUACUUUUGUUAUCCUGUGUCGUCGGCCAUUCCACUUGACUGCUCAUUUGUUACGAGUGUACCCCCAGAAAAAAUCUAAGUUUUGACUUUUAAUUAAUCCAUAGAUUAUUAGCCUCCAAGAUUAAUUUGUCCUGGACCACAUGUAAGGGAAACCACUGCUAAAGGAAAAGCAACAGGGAAAGUACCAUGGAAGAUCGAGGUGAAAGACAACUCUCUUAUUGUGGAUCCCAAAGAAAAUAUCACUGUAAACUUAAGGUAUCAGCCACCCUUCAGGACCGUCCGCGCGCGGAUCGCUGUAGCGUUAGUUGUUUUUAUAAAAACCCCUAUAAACCAUAUAUUUUUUAAAAGCUUAAUAAUUCCAGAUUAUGGAUUUGAACUAACAAAAACGAUUUACUUAAAUGUGUUGCGAAAUUGGAACGCUUUGUGUAAAAGUACACGUCUCUAUAAAUCGUGUUCCACUCCCGCCGGACAUAAACGGAAGAAAACAAUAAACACCGCAUUCGCUUCUCAACACGUUCCACUAAAAAACCGUGUCUCAGAUUUUUGACAAGUGCGUUUGUUUUUCUUUUAUUAGCAAAUGAAGUUGGGGAAGGCUAUUAGUCAACACUCCCGGUGGAAAAAAAGCUCUAGCUUUAAAAUGAAAAGGAGUAUUAAAAUUCGCAGACACGGUUUUGUAGAAGAGAUAUAUGGCAUCACUCUGGCCAAAUUUUAGCCAAAUUGAUUGAAAGGCUGACGACUUGGAGUUCAAAACGUACGAGUCGAUCGGCAAAAUUUGCGUUCGGAGAUAAAAUAGAAAAUACAUUUUUGGCGGCAUCCUACCUGGAAUGAGAUUAUAACACCUAAAUGUUUAUUCUGAUUGAUAUCAGAGAGGGAUCAAUUUUCUCUAACAAUAGGACUUUGACAGGUAACAUGUAACAGGAACAAACUUUCGCGGCAAGCAAGUGAACAGUUUAAUUCUCCGUUGGGAAACUUCCACCCUUUUACACCACGAGAAGCACGGUUUAAUUCUUCCUCGAACAAAAGUUUUGCCUCUCCUUCGAUCUUUUUUGUAUGAUCCGCCCAGGCGUUUAUGCUGAUCGGCGCCAGGCCAACGAAACUAAAAAACUUUGAAGCCGCCGAAUGUCCACCACCGAUUGCUCGAAGGCCAAGAACUGAGGCCCGGUUUAUUUCAAACGCUCUGCUCUUCUCGGAAGAAUUAAAAACAGAAUUUGUCUUGUGCGACGGACAGCUUUCAUUCUCGCACUGGAUUCUCCAGGUAGAACCAAGUCCAUGCUUAGUCGCUACAUUUUCCAUGACUUGGACUCUUCCCUGGCAAAAUCGACAAGAUACAGACUCGUCCAGUUUCUCAAGCAGCUUUUCGCUCGAUACGAUAGCUCGACCGCUUAUUGUUUUCCACGUUCCAUCAGCUGAUGGGGUCGAUGAGCUUUAUUGGCUUUCUUCACCUGGCUCUUGAAGCUGGAUUUUGGAGCGGCUGCACUCUCAGCAACUGCAGCAUUUUCGCUUUUCUGAAUAUCCAACUCCUCGAGCCACUUCUCUUGCUGAUAAAAUUAGCCUUUGUCGCUCUCUGCCAAUUUUGCGGCCCAAACUCUGUCAAACUCGCUCUUCGAUUUCUUUUUCGCUCUCGGUUUCGAUGACGAAAACGGACACGACCUUUUCUCUUUUUUUUGGCGGUAUUUUCACCGAAGCAAACGCUUAAUAUCCACGGAGAAUACUAAAGGCUAUAAACAACGCGAAGAUAAUUCGCACGUGUUGUGUCGAAGCACGCACUCGGUAUCACGUUACUAGUUCAUAUAUGACACGGGUAUGACAGAUCUUGUCAACGAUCAAUUAAGAUAAUUAACGAGAAAAAAUAUUUUACCCCCGAUAUCUUUGGACAGAAAUAAUAUUUUCUUCUAAUUUUUUUUUAAAAGAAAGCUCUCAAGCAUAUGGAAAAAUGGCAAUUUUAAGGGUGGCUGAUACCUUAAGUUAUCAACCUUCCCAAGAAUUUCCUAUUGGUAUGACUUCCGUUCGGGUAAUCGCCACUGAUGGUGCCGGAAACAUCGCAAUGUGCUCCUUUCUAGUUGAAAUCAAA